UAUAAUUUUAUUUUAUAGUUUUAUGUCGUUUUUUUAACUUUCGUGAAUUGCUAAUUGUUUGUAAUAAAAUCUGGUGUAUCUAUCCAUCUUUGAAGUGGUUCGCACUUGGAUGAGAUAAAAAUGUCAGAAAACGGUUACAGCACCAAAAACGAGUAUGAGAACCCGGCUUUCAAAAAUGACGAUGAAACGGAAAUGAAGGAUUUCAAAAAAGAUGAUAUUGAAAAAGCAUCAGAGGUUCCGGAUGGUUACGAUAUCGGCAUGGGACGUCACGUUGAACCGGACGUCGAGGGGGGGAGGCCCGCAUGGGACAACCAAGUUCAAUUUCUAUUGGCUUGCAUAGCCUAUGCUGUGGGACUUGGCAAUAUUUGGAGGUUUCCUUAUCUGGCGCAAACGUACGGAGGAGGCGCUUUUCUCAUUCCGUACAUACUCAUGUUAAUCUUUGAGGGAAUUCCUUUAUUUCUACUCGAGUUGGCAGUUGGACAGCGGUUAAGACAAGGUGCGAUUGGAACGUGGGUCAAAUUCCACCCAUACCUCGGCGGUAUCGGCAUUGGAAGCAUGGUUGUAUCGUUUAUGGUUGGCCUCUACUACAAUACCAUCAUAGCUUGGUGCUUCUGGUAUAUUUGUAACUCUUUUACGGACCCUUUGCCGUACGCGAAAUGUCCGCUGACCGACAACAACACAGCGUAUGUGGCCGAAUGCGAAAACAGUGGUGUCACGGAUUACUUCUGGUACAGAUCGACUCUCAAUGUCAGUGCAGACAUGGACCAUACUGGUGGUCUUGUGUGGUGGGUGGUCAUAUGCCUCAUACUCGCAUGGGGGCUGAUAUGGGUAACGAUGAUCAAAGGAAUUGAGAGUUCAGGAAAGGCAAUGUACGUCACUGCUACGUUUCCAUAUCUCGUGUUGUUCAUUUUCCUGGUUCGAGGGUUAACGUUAAAGGGAUCGGGAGAAGGCGUCAAGUUUCUUUUCACACCAGAUAUUCAAGUUCUUUCAAAUCCGCAAGUAUGGUUGGACGCGGCUACACAAAUCUUUUUCUCUCUGGGUCUCGGUUUUGGUGGAGUGAUUGCAUUUUCAAGUUACAACCCGAAAAAGCAAGACUGCCAGCGAGAUGCGCUUAUUAUUGCUUUGACCAAUUCCCUAACUUCUAUUUUUGCAUCUAUCGUCAUUUUUGCUAUACUUGGCUACAGGGCAACUGUACAGUUUGAAAGAUGUUUAGACGGCAACAUUGCGAUUAUGUCGGACGCAUAUGACGUACCAGAUGGCUAUAUAACUUACGAUAACUACGACAUACGUGUUGCGACACUGAACGGUACUCAAAACUGGGCCGGGGAAGUUGUUACCACGAAUAGCCUUGGUUUGGCUACAUGCGAUUUACAAGCGUAUCUCUCUGAGGCAUCCCAAGGAACUGGUUUAGCGUUCAUCGUCUUCACUGAAGCUAUUAUCAACAUGCCAGGAAGUCCUGUAUGGUCUGUCUUGUUCUUCAUGAUGCUUCUAUCACUGGGACUCGGGUCUAUGUUCGGUACAGUGGAAGGAGUGGUAACGCCGCUAUUUGAUCUUGGGCUAAAGGUUCCAAAACCAGUUUUAACCGGAUGUGUUUGUCUUAUUUCGUGUGCCAUCGGCCUAAUCUUUUGUACAAGAGCUGGGAACUACUGGGUGGACAUUUUUAAUAACUAUGCCGGUUCAAUACCAUUGCUAGUGAUUGCGUUCUUCGAAAUUACUGUCGUUUCGUGGGGUUAUGGACUCAAAAAAUUUGACGAAGACUUGGAAUGGAUGUUUGAUAAACCACAAUCGAUCAUUGGUUGGAUUCUGUAUUACUACUUCCGACUGUGCUGGUUCAUUAUUUCACCAGUUAUACUACUUGUCGUAUUCGGUGCCUACUUAUACACAACUGCGACGGGGCAGCUACAAUACAGUGCCUGGGUCGGAGACGGAAGUCAACAGAUGCUGGAUUAUCCUUGGUUUGGAACGAUGGUGAUUAUUCUUCUUAUCGUGCUUCCGUGCGUUGGCAUUCCUACAGUCUGGUUCUACAGAAUCGUCAAAGUAAAUUGCUUCAACGGCGAAAAGCCAGAAGGUAUUCUCGUGGACAAAGAAAAAGGCUUCAAAAACUUUUUCUCUGAGUUACUGCCGUGGAAAAGAUUUGGUUGCUCGUCAAUGUAGGGACAAACCAUAUGCCUUGCUGUGUAAAUGUUAUUCGUCCUCAUAAUUAUACAGCGGACCAACUUUACAUGACAAUAGAAACACUGAGACAAUAGCACCUUUUUUCUACAUGGGCAUUUUAUAAAUGAAUGACUAUACCAUGUAGCAAAUUUGGCUACCUCAUCUUGCUGUGUGGUUAUGAGUAAGUUUAUUUUUGUAGAAGGUGUUCGUAAACUAGUUUUUCUUAAUUUGAAAGUUAUACGUUAAAGCUUGUAAUUAAACAUUCUUAUCGUUUUAGCAAGAUCAAAUACGUGUACUUGAUAACAUCCCCCACGCACAUGUGUUGUAAAUUACAAACAUUCUCAAUACAAAUAAACAUAAGUACGUGGUAUGAA